AUGGGUUGCUGUGGCUGUGGUGGUUGUGGUGGCUGUGGCGGCUGUGGCGGCUGUGGUGGCUGUGGCGGCUGUGGCAGCUGUGGCGGCUGUGGUGGCUGCGGCGGCUGUGGCGGCUGUGGCAGCUGUGGUGGCUGUGGCAGCUGUGGUGGCUGUGGUGGCUGUGGUGGCUGUGGUGGCUGUGGUGGCUGUGGUGGCUGCUGUGGUGGCUGCUGUGGCUGCUGUGGCUGUUGCAGGCCUGUGGUCGUCUGCUGCUGCCGCCGCACCUGCUGCAGCUCCUGUGGCUGUGGCUCCUGUGGCUGCGGCUGUGGGAAGGGCUGUUGUUGCCAGCAGAAGUGCGGCUGCUGCCAGCAGAAGUGUGGCUGCAAGAAGUGCUGCUGCUAGCAUGGCUGCUGGCCUCUGGCCUUCUGCUGUAGAUAACUGAUAGAGGUGAGUCUGCCCCUCUGCCUGCCUGUCUGUCUGUCUAUCUGUUCCUGUCAGUGAGUCACCAGCAUGAACCGAGACUAUUACCAUUGUAGCCUGGCAUUUCUAUAGUUGAUAUCCUGCCCGCCCUUGAUAGGCACCAAGCAAAUGAAUGAGUCCCAGGCCUUCUGUGUCACUUACUAUUCAGUCACAGCUGUGGCAGAUGUAGUCUGGCUAGGUUAUGCUGUGACAUCCUACAGUGCCUGUAACUGUCACCAAUGACCUGUGUUCCCAUUGUAUGGGCAUAUCUGUAAUCACAAAGUUCCUCUUGAUUAAUAAACUUCAGCAAACCGCUCUCAAACUCUUGACUCCUGUGUCUCAUUUGCUUUCCAGUCUCUAAACUGUCUCUCCAUGGGGGCAAUAAGAUCCAUCUCAACAGACAGGACACUCUGGAUGGGAAAGCAGCAGAGGACUAGAACCCAGAUGGAUUGUGGGUACACAGACAGGCAGUGAUGGCUGAUCCUAGGGCUGAUCUUCUGGAUGUUGGGAGGCACAGGUCCUUGCAGUGAGUCGUGGUCCCCAGCUCAGAAUCCUCCUUUUCUUCCCUCAUACUGGUCAUGAUCUGAGCAGCUUUGCUCUUUGAGGAGAUCCCUGCCGGGGCAUGCUGCCUCACCAUGGCCUGAAGCUGCUGGGCCCCACCACUGUGAAGCUGUUCUCUGGGGUCAGCUUGCCUGCAUGUAGAUUGAUGUGGAUUGGCCUGGGAGAUGGAUUGGGGAAGCUCUGAAUAUGUCCGUGUGGCUGUUUGCAGAGAGG